AUGUCCCCCGAUCUGCAAGAUCCUGCCAAUAGGAGAGCUUCCUGUGAUCAGUGCAGACAAAAGAAGCUCAAAUGUGACGGGAGCUAUCCAUCUUGUGGAAGAUGCUCUACUCUCGGAGAGCUGUGCAAGUUCUCAGCACGUAUGCCUAUGGGAAGACCUAAAAAGAGGAAGAUAGCCUCCGAGAAUGAAGGCCAAGAGAGCAGUGCGAGCAGGACAUCGCCUUCGACUUUGGCGAUGAGUAUUGGGAGUGAUAAUGGAAGUGAUAUGGGACGAAGAGGGAGCUUCGAUCCGUGCCAACACAUGUCUGAAGAUGCUCCGUUGGAUCUGAUACCUCUUGGCAACGAGACAAAUGUUGAUCCGAAGUUGUUGGCAUUUGAAUCUGAUCCAGGCCAACAGACUUGCGCCUGUCUUGCGAGCUUAUACUUAUCACUAGAAGAAGUCCGAAAAGCAGAUGACUUACCCUUCACAGCACGCUUAUCUGUUCUGCGGCAUUUGACGACCACGGCAGCAGGGAUCAUACAGUGUCAAGUAUGUCCAACAAAGUUUCUAUGGGCAAUGCAGAAUGCUCAACUCCUCAACACACUUAUUAUAUCCUUGGCAGAAGGAUAUAAAAAGAUCGUGAAGUCAGUUGAGGAUGAAACGAAACGAGCUCAGGAUGCCAGAGAAUCAAAAGAAUUAUGCAUAAGUGAAGGCCAAAAGCUAGAGGCACCGUCACAAAACGACGGCUUGGGAUUCUCGCUGAGCCUGGACCCUCAGGAUUGGAAAAGCAUUGCGAACAAAGCUAUCAAAUCCGAGCUUUUCGACAGAAUUUGUGGCAUUCAGGAACGAGUCAUGUACCGCCGGGUAUAG